UCGCGUCUGCGCAACCGCACCAAGCCACUACAAAAAAUGGCGGUCUUCAAGUAGCAACAUGCCGCUAGCGCUUGGUAUUUCACAGUAUUCUGAGAAAGGCGAACCUUGUUUUAAAGUGUUUCGACUCUAGAUGUCAAUCUUCAACACUUCCAACAGUUAUUUUUUUCAAGCGAAACUAAUCUAACCCAGUUGUCGUCUUUACUGAAGUCACACACCUGUGACAAACAAGCACUUAUGUGCAUCUGUGAACAUCAUUUAGCAGUCUUCAGAUCACUCCAGUAGUUCUGACACUAGAUCAGCAAAAUGAAGCUGACGGGACUUGUUCCAGCGAGAUUUUUAACUAUCGUUGCUCAUCUCAUCAUUGUGAUUGUGAUAUUCUGGUCACGGGUUAGAGCUUUCUCCAAGGAUGAGAAUGUUCGAAUGUGCCUCCCAGAGACGUAUACCCAAGAUGACUAUAAUCAGAAAGAUGUUCAGAUGAUCAUUGGCUUGUCUGUGACCCUGGGUCUGUUUGUGCUUGAGCUCAUUGGCUUUAUGGGUGGCUUAACCAUGUUUUUUCCAUUCCAGAGUCUUCUCUCAACUUUUGCACACACAGGAGCAGCAGUGGCGCUUUCAUAUUUCCUGUUUGAUGCAUGGCCUUGUGACUGGUACUGGUAUAUUUUUGGCUUCUGCAGUGCUUUCCCAGCUGUUACCGAAAUUAUCACAAUAUUGGGGAUUUUGUGUUUCAGAAAGGGUCUGUAAAUUGUCUCCACCUUCUACAGGGUUUUGUAUAUUUGUUGGUACAUUUAGUUUAUGUGUGUGUGAUGCGCUGUCAAGUAUGGUUGGCAAUUGUAAAAAGAUUGAGUUGCACAGUACCCCUUCAAAUCACUUGAGAUAAUUUGAGGCACACUUCCAGUUGUAGUUGUUGACAGCUUUCUGACUUAAUAUUGUAAAAUAAAUUGGGGUUUUUUUUUAAUGCCUGUGAACCAAUAAUUAGAAUAAUUUUAAGAACUGUGAUGGUGAUUUUUCUUCCCUCAUAAAGUAAGGAUCAUUAAUGUCAAGUAAAUGAUCAUGCAACACAUGUCUGCUGAGAGAUACUUUUCGAAAAAAAAAGAGAAAUACUUGCAAGCUUGUACCAAUAUCAUCAUGACUUGAAAUGUGAUAAUGUCCGUCCAAUUUGAGUUUUUCUUGUAUCAUGAAUAUUUUAGAAUAAAAUGUUCUACUUUUUAAA